GUGGAAAUAACAAGGCAGGGGGAGAGCUGGUGAAAGAGGGAAGAGCGAUGAAAAAGCGAGGGAGAAGGUGAAAUCACAGCAGCACAGAGGAGAGCCCAAACAAGGAGGAGAGGAAGGAUGAGUGGAGGAGAAAGCGUUGAUCAGUGAGGUCUCCAGAGAGGGAGAGGAGAGAAAGGAGAUGAGCAGGGAGAGGGGGGUGAGCAGCCAGCACCCAUCCAUCAGCUAUGCUAUUUUGCUCUGAGCCCUAGAGCAUCAGGCCUAGCUCAGCCCUCCGUCCCAGCCACAAACACCGGGGCAGGGAUAAAAGCAGAUUCUCCUCACAUCAGCUGUGCAUGCGAGCCAUGAGGACAGCCAGGAAAGGCAGCGUGGAGAUGCCUGCGUUUAUGCGGCAGCUGGUGAAAGAGACGGAGAAGAGGGUCAGUUCUUUCUUCAAGGGGGGCCGUGGAGGAGCAGCAGAGGGAGAGCAGCCAGGGGAGAGGGAGAAGGAGGAGGUGAUGCCCAGCCCCUACCUGGACCGUCCAGUUCUGGACAAGCUAUCAGAGGAGGGCUGCGCCCGCUGGGGCCUCACCUACGCCCUGGGAAGCAUGCAGGGCUGGAGGGCCAACAUGGAAGACUUUCAUAACUGUGUGCCACAGCUGGGUGGAGAGCUGGCCGACUGGAGCUUCUUCGCUGUGUUCGAUGGUCAUGCAGGCAGCACGGUGGCACAGUACUGCUCCCAGCACCUUCUGGGUCACAUCCUGACCAUUGGUGGAAUGGGACCAGAGGACGAUCCUGAAAAGGUGAGAGGAGCCAUCAUCGAGGGAUUCCUGCAAACAGACAAGCACCUGCACUCUGUGGCACGUCGAGAAGGCUGGGAGAGGGGUGGUACCACUGUGGUGGCCACUCUCAUCUCACCGUAUUACAUCUACUUCGCCAACUGUGGUGACUCAAGGGCCAUGCUGUGCAGGUCUGGCCAGGUUUGCUUCUCCACUGAGGACCACAAACCUUACAGCCCUCUGGAGAAAGCGCGUAUUGAGAGCGCAGGCGGCUCUGUGACCAUCCAACGGAUCAACGGCUCCCUGGCAGUGUCCCGUGCUCUGGGGGACUUCAGCUACAAGGGGGCAGAGAACCUGACACCCAUCCAGCAGAUGGUGUCACCGGAGCCAGAGGUGUGUGUGGUGGAGCGCUCACCAGCAGAUGAGUUCCUGGUGCUCGCCUGCGAUGGGGUAUGGGACACCAUUAGCAACGAGGAGCUGUGCGCCUUCAUCCACAACCGGCUGCGUGUCUGCACUGACCUGAGGGACGUCUGCACUCAAGUCAUUGACCUCUGUCUCUAUAAGGGCAGCUUGGACAACAUCAGCAUCAUCCUGCUGUGCUUCCCUGGAGCCCCCCAGCUGUCAGCAGAGGCAUUACAUCAGGAGGCCGAGCUGGAAGACCUGCUGGAGUCCAAAGUAGCAGAGAUUUAUGAUGAGCUGUGUGUAAAUGGGGAGGAACCUGACCUGCUGUCUGUCCUCACAGUCCUCGCAUCCACUGUCAUCCCUGGAUUACCACCAGGUGGAGGCAUACAGAGCAAAAGGAACUGCAUUAUUUCUGCUUACUAUCAACAAAGAGAGACACACAAUCCCACACUGCCAAAUGGCCUGGAAGGCUUCUGAGAAGCCCAGCUGAAUUCUGUCUCCAAGAAUCCAUGGAGGGACUGUAAUUAAUGUCAGUAUUAAAACGUUUUUUUUCAUGUGUGCAAUUUGACUAAAAGGGAGAUGAUUAACAGACAGGGGCGUUUGUUUACGUCAUGCCAGCAAGCAGAAUCUUGUCAUAACAAAUACAAUGCAAAAAUAGAUCUAAUAAAGCCUGAUACAGUUUAUAUUUAUACAAGAAGGACAUUUUGUAAAACAUACUCAGAGACACUGAUCCAGCAACAAACCUCUGCCUCAUAUUCAGUGAACAGAAGAUACAGAUGAUAAUUUCAAAUGACAAUGAAUAACAGCCAACUGUGAAAUUGUACAUUUUCAUUCGAUAAAAUAAGGAAUGUGAGUAUAUGUAAGGUUAUAUUUUAAAGAUAAAUAUAUUUUAAGUAUAAUAAAAGAUAUAAUAUAAGAUAUAAUAAAAGAAUAAUUUAAGGAAAAAUGUGUUGACUGAAACAUUGUCAGUGCUAGCUAACAUAUAUCCAUUUGUUUCAACAGGCAGUGCUAACAGUGCUAACUUUUUCCCUCAUGGUCAAAAGUGACAGGCAAAUAAACACUGAUUAAAUUUUUAAUUUUACUAAUUCAAUCUCAAUACAUACACAUACACCCCCAUAAUCAAAACUGGCCAGUACAACCCCCCCAAAUAUCAUAUCAUAAUGAUGAACUGAAUGAAAAACUUAAAUAUUCUCAUAAAAUAUAAAAUAUGAGAAAGUGGUUGAUUUUCUCGAUUCAAUGUAAUUCAAUAAUUAUAAGAGAAUAAUAGGGAUUGAGUACACUUAAAUUGUGACAUAACUAUCAAAUGGCUUAAGAUAUGUUGUGGAAGUGAUAAAUGUCUGGAACAUACUACUGGAACAACAAAGGAAACGUUACACAUUUGGUGCUUUUAUACAAAGUAAAUAAUUUUCUGCUAUUCAACUGCACAAGUUGAGAUAUGUAGAGCAUGUUGUUCUGGUAUGUCUCUUCCCCUUAAAAUGAAUGCGAAACAGACAUUGACAAGUCUAUUUGCAAAAAACCCUUCAUGGGUAGAGAUCUCAACCCCCCCCAAUGUUCAACCCAAAGUCACGCCCUUGCAUACACGCGCUUAAUCAAGAAAAAAUACAUUUCACACAUAAUCUAAACUCUUCUUGAACUCUUCUGUUUAAUUUUACAAUUUUGUGUUUGUUUUAAACAUGUAGAAUAAGAUCCACUUGGCAGAAGUGAUGUUUGGAAAAUGUGUUAUUCGUUCGAAUAAUUUGAUAGAACAUUAUCAAAAGAGCUAUACAGCAUGUUGCGGUUUGAUUGUGCCAAAAAAAAUUAACUAAAAGUAUCCAAAAAUUGGCCAAAUACCCUAAAGUCUAUAUUUACUGACCAAUCAACAUAUAUUUUACAUAAAUUCUACAUGUACACAUUUUUGCAAUUCUUUCUCUAUAUACCAUCAACCAUGUUUCUAAACACACUCUUCAAUACAAUGUAUGUGAAAUGUGUUUUUUCCAUAAGUUGGAUGAUAUGUACUGUGCUGCCUUAUUUAACUUUUAUAUAGGUGAUAAAACAAACAAUCAGAACGAAUCAGUUUCAGGAUGGGUCAUUUUAUCUGCAUCAUACUGCAUUGUUAUAUUAUUUCAGUGGGUAUUUUUCUGCGUAUAGAUGUUACAUGUUAAGAGUCAUGAUUGUUUUAAACCUAAAUAAAGAAUAUUUGACUGAAAA